AUGGGUGCAAUCACGACAGAUGUGGAGAAACCGCUUAGUUCGGAUCAGAUCAAAAAAAAUGUAAAUAACCUGAAAAGAAAACUCGGAAAAGACACUUCUCCACUUUAUCAGCGCUUAUGCUCUGAUGUAAAUGAGAUCUCGGUUCACGAUUUAACUUGGAAGGACCCCUUUGCCAGUCAAGUUAUUAGCGACAAGUCAACCCUUGUACAAAAAUUGCCUGGACAUCUAAAAAAAGCAUUUAUGAAACCAUCUCGGCUGAUGAAACCUACGCUUACACCAAGGAUUAAAGCCCUGUGUAGAGAAUUUGAAUCCGAAGAAGAAAUCACAUGUGUCGUAAAGGAAAUUUUUAGCGUUCUUGAGGAUAUUUGGAAUAACCCAGCCCUUGAUUCCGAAGUAUCAAAAUCGUUAAACGAAGGAACUUAUCAAUCCACUGUUAUUGUACCAGCUAUUCGAGCGGUAUUGGGAAAUCUUCCUUUUAGGACGUCUUCAUUUAUCAGUACCUCGGAAAGACAAAGUGUUGCUAGCGCUGAUAGGAAGGGGAGUGGGCAAAUGGGGAGACGUCCAGAUAUCAUGCUAACGGUGAGGUAUUUGGAUGUAAUUUUUGAGCUUAUGGAUAAAAUCAAUAUUCAUAAAUAUUAUCAUAUUCAAUCGGCUAAAAUUCCUGUGCGAAUAUCAGAUGAAGAU